AUGGCCAAACCAUCCAACACGAAAGAGUUAAAAACAUUUCUUGGGUUUAUUCAAUAUCUCGCAAAGUUUUUACCCAAUAUGGACGAAGUCAGUGCACCACUUCGAAAGUUGUUGGAAAAGAACACAGCAUGGCAUUGUGAUAAGCAACAAGAAGAUAGCUUUCAACAACUCAAGAGAAUGGCAACCAGUGCCCCAGUGCUAAGUUAUUACGAUCCCAAGAAGCCUGUUACCUUAUCUGUAGAUGCCAGUUCGAAAGGACUUGGAGUAGUGCUUUAUCAAGAAGAAAAACCAGUUGCAUAUGAGCGUUAA